AUGGAACUUGGAAGGAUUAAACUCCCCCGCAAUGACCGGGGUUGCGCCACUCCCAUUGAUACCUACGAUACCACCACGACAGUCAAAUAUUCACAACAUGGUCGCCAACCAACUGGUGCGAGCGAUGAGGUUGGCGUGAUGACAUUGGAUGUUCCACACACGCAUGCAUUGCACUUUGCCGACAUAUUGGACCAUGGCGUCCGUGCCAAACCCUCCCAUCGCGAGGAGAGGAGCAUCGUCGUCGUCGCAGACACAAGACGAGACGAGGUCGGCAUCGUUUGGGGGGUCGCCCAUUCCAAGGCGCCAGUCUCAACAGGACAGGAUCAAUGGCAUCCUCGAGUUCCAAGCCCUUCAACUCGGCCUGACCCGUCUUCCACGAAUUGUCCCGAAUGUUCGACUAACGAGCAAUUAUACCUCCAGACUGCUAGAGGUCGCGCAGGCACAAGGAGCCCGCUAGCACAAGGCCCCAGCCCCAGCCCGAACAUGAGCUUCCAACGCCUCCCGUCACCCCGCGAACACGACGAGGACGACGGCCCCAGCGAGACGACCGGCAUCGUCACGGCCCAGAACACGAAAAACUACCAGAGCACCGAGACGUCGCCGGGCUUGAGGAAUCGACAACAAGCGCAACCGACCGAGACGGACAAUGAGGAACGGAACGGCAGAAGCCCACACAACGAGGAGAAGCAUUGGUUAAGGGACUAUAUUGGGCCCCUGUGGUCGAUCGAGUUGGAGAACAAGGGAAGCGUCGCCAGAGACCACUUGGCUUUGGAGAGGACGUUUCUUGCCUGGCUCCGGACAUCGCUCGCGUUCGCAUCAAUUGGAAUUGCCAUCACCCAACUGUUCCGCUUGAAUACGUCGCUGGCCGAUGGACAGACAGACCCCAAUUUCCAGAGGAUACGACAUCUGGGGAAACCACUCGGUGCCGCCUUUCUAGGCAUCUCAAUACUGGUUUUGUUUUUGGGAUACCAGAGGUACUAUCAGAGCCAGCAAUGGGUGAUGAAGGGGAAGUUUCCCGCGUCCAGGGGAACCAUAGUCUUGGUAUCAUUCGUAGCACUCGCUCUCAUGGUCAUCAGUCUUGGUGUGGUGAUUUAUGUACAGCCCACAGGGUCCGGGACCGGCUGA